AUGUUCAAUUCCUUUUUCAAAAGUAGAAACAAAACAAAUGAACCUUCAACUGUAGAUCGAGAAAAUGAAAAUUCAGAUGAAAAAAAUUCGACAGAAAUAAACAACGAUCAUGGUAAUAAAGCACAAUCUGAAAUUCAGGAUGAAUUCACCAAGGGUAGGAGAAAAAAUGAAACCCUAAUGGACAAUAGCAUUGAUAGGGAAUAUAUCCAAAACGAGUUAACCGAUGUAUUUAAAAAUAGAAACGAUGGAAUGUUAAAUCAGACAUCAAUUGAUGCUCAACGUAAUAGUACUGACUUGAAAUUUCUUGACAUGCACGCCUCGAAAAAAGACCAAGGGAAAAACGACAAGUCAAAAAUGUUUAUUGAUGGUAUUAACGAAAUAAUGAAUACUGAUGAAAGUUCAGAUUCGUAUAGGAAAAGGCAAAGGGCUUCAGAUGGGCAUAGACGCAAGGUUAGAAGAAGGGGUGGUAGUAGUGACGGAAGUAGCAGAAGCAGGAGUAGACACAGACGAAGACAUAGAAGUAGGGACAGACACAAGCACAGAAGCAGAGAAAGAAGUAGGGACAGAAGUAGGGACAGAAGCAGAGAUAGAAGCAGCGAUAGGAGUAGCGAUAAGAACAGGGGCAGAGAUAGACAUAGGCACAGACAUAGACACAAAGAUCGGGAUCGAGACAGACACAGACACAGAGAUCGAGACAGACACAGACAUCGAAGUCGAAGCAGGAAGAGACAUAGAGAAAGAGAGGGGAGCAUAAGGAGGUUGUCAAGUGGAAGAUACGACAGGAAGAGCAUUGGGAGUUCUAUGGAAUAUGGAAAUCAUGAAAAGAGAGGAAGAAAAUAUGAUUCUGUAGGUAGCGAAGGAAUAUACAACGAUGGCACAAGUAAUGGAAAAUAUGCACAUGGUCAGAUGAAAACUGGAGAACCUAACUUUGACAAUGCACUUAACCAAUAUGGAAAUAUAGAUAGCAAAAAUAAAUCCACAAAAAACAGUAGUAAUGAAGAUAAUUUUUAUUUAAGAGAAAAGGACAAAAAUAGUAAUACGGCAUUACGAGAGAAUGAAAAUAAAAAUUACAGUGACGCCUCAGAUGAAAGUGAAAAGGAAGAAUUAUCUGAAAGUGAAAUGCUAAAAAGAGUUAUGGGUAUAACUGAAUUCAGCACAACAGAUAAUAAAUGUCAUAAUCAAACGGAUUUAUCAGGAAUUAAUAGAAGAACAAAAAGGAAAUAUAGACAGUAUAUGAACAGACGGGGUGGCUUUAACAGGCCCCUAUCACCCGCAUUUUAG